AUGUCUCGCCGCUACGAUUCACGAACAACCAUCUUCUCGCCCGAGGGCCGUCUCUACCAGGUCGAAUACGCUCUUGAGGCCAUCUCGCACGCCGGAACUGCUCUGGGUAUCUUAGCAAAGGAUGGCAUUGUCCUGGCCGCCGAGCGCAAGGUCACCAGCAAGCUGCUCGAACAAGACACAUCCGCCGAGAAGCUGUACACCUUGAACGAUAACAUGAUCUGCGCCGUCGCUGGAAUGACUGCCGAUGCCAACAUCCUCAUCAACUACGCCCGCUCAGCCGCCCAAAACUACCUCCUCACCUACAACCAAGAGAUUCCUUGCGAACAGCUGGUCCGCCGCCUGUGCGAUCUGAAGCAAGGUUACACUCAACAUGGUGGUCUGCGUCCUUUCGGUGUUUCAUUCAUCUACGCUGGAUACGACGACCAGCGCCAAUUCCAACUCUACCAGAGCAACCCCAGUGGCAACUACGGUGGUUGGAAGGCCACCAGCGUUGGCGCGAACAAUGCCAGCGCUCAGAGUUUGCUCAAGCAAGACUACAAUGAUGAGUGCUCGUUGAGAGAAGCCUGCGGUCUGGCCGUCAAGGUUUUGAGCAAGACUAUGGACUCCACAAACCUCAGCAGCGAAAAGAUCGAGUUUGCCACGGUCGGCAGAACAAAGGAAGGCACUGUCUACCACCACCUCUGGGGUGCCGAGGAGAUCGACGCUCUACUCAAGGAGCACGGUCUGUCCAAGCCCGCAAGCUCAGAAGAGACCACUGAGCAAGCUGUGGGCAGUGCCGGCUAUGCUGAGAACAGACCUGAGAACUAG